GUAACCAUAAAUUUGCCAAGGCAAUUUUGGGUUUUUUCAAGAUUUGAUGAGCUCAUGUUAGUCAAAUCCCUCCUCACAUACCUGAUUGAUAUCGUCCUAACCAUCAAUAUUAUUAUCGAGGCAUAUAAGGAGGAUAAAAUUCUCAAGGAACUUUACCUAUCCUGCUUCAUCAUCCCGAACGUUCUUGCUGGGAUAAAAUCACUUCACUGGUACUGGCUUCGGUACACAGAAGACGAACUGACGGAGGAAGAAGAGGAAAAGGAAGGGAAGCGAAAGACUUGGGUCUUUCGCUUUGUCCUCUUCUUCUUCAGCCCAGUCCCCAGGUACAUUGACGUGAGAAGACUCGGCCUACAGGAGAGGAAGAAAGUCCUGCGCGGGUGUUCGCAGGAGGAAGCCGACGCCGCCUACAAGCAGUACCUCGAGGCUUCGACGACCCUGUACCUCCUCCGGUUCUUCGAGGUCUUCCUCAUGGACGCCCCGAUGCUCACCAUGAAGUUCCACGACUUGUUUAAGAAUUUCAGGAUGCAGAUAAAACUCAGCGAUCAUAUCCUGCCAGUAAUAAAAAUCUUGUACAAACUCUACAAAGUCUCUGACAUCAUGACGUCAUAUACAACGAAGACAAAGAAAUGGUGGCAUAUGGAAAAUAGAGCGAUGUAUGAGCAUUCUCCCAUUGAAUCGGUAAGGAGUGGCACCAUUGACCUCCCAGGAAAGCUGUGUUUGCUAGCCCUCCACUGCUCUCAGAUGGCUUGCAAGUGCUUGUGCUAUGCAAUGGUGACUAUAUCUAACCUUACUUGGGUGAUCUAUCCUCUGGUGGGGUUGAGGUGGACUGUCAACUUCUGUAUCUACUUCUUCAGACGAAGUUUCAAAAGAUUCGGAUCUCCGGGCGCAGAAAUUAGUCGAACGCUCACGGCGAUAAUAAUUGGUGGAAUCGAACUCUUCACACGUUUCACGACCACGAAAGGAAAUCAGCUGAUCUACACUGUCCUCUUCCACUUCUUGGAUGGCGUCGAGGUCCUCACUGCCUUUUUUCUGCCGCAAUUUGGCAGUGCACUAUCUCCUCCAGCUUCUGUUAAUGACACUCUAACAACCACUGCCACUUCAGGAGAAAUACCUUCAGUAGCAGGAACUUCAGUAGCGCCCGCCACUACUGUUUCAACCACAAAGUCGCCUAUUCACGAUGCUGUAGGUGAUCAUCUUUCUAACCCCAAGUACAUCCUCCUGUCCCUGUGGAUCCUCGCGAUGGCGACUCGUGCCUUCUAUUACACCAUUCUUCACCCGAGUCUUCCUACGCUCUCCUUUCCCUGCUGUUCGAAGGAUCAAGCAGAAGAGAGAGUACAAACAGAAGAGAGAGUGCAAGUAGAAGAGGAAGUUGAAUUGAAUGAGAGGGUUUAAUGUUUUUAAAAGUGUUGUUGUUGGCUUUUCUGUCUCCGUUUCUCGAGCUCCCUUUCUCUCUCUCUCUCUCCUCACUAUCUUUCUCUUUCCCUUUCAUCUCUCUCUCUUUCUCUCUCUCUCUCUCUCUCUCUCUCUCUCUCUCUCUCUCUCUCUCUUUCUCUCUCUCUCUCUCAUUCUCUUUUGGUGUGUGGGAUGUUUAGGAAGUGGUCAAGGUAAUUUUGUGGAAAUAUAUUAUCCUGUGUAUCUAUCUUAUGUCUUAUAUUAUCCUGAUUGGUUAUAUAUUAUAUAUCUUAUGUCAAUCUUUUAUAUAGAUAUUCCUGGCACUUUGCCAUCAUCAUCUAGUCUUUAUACAAUUUUGACGGCCUAUGAUUUUAUGAAUACAUACACGAAUCUGCAUACAUUGGGAAAGUCAAACCUAGAUACGGUAGUGGGCGAGUCUAUCGUAGAUAGACAUGUGGGUUGAGAACCACCAACAAUGAUUAUCUAACCAACUACUCCCCUGGGAAGGAUCAUGGGUCAGCCACCCCGGUAUAAAGACCCAGUCAACUACAUGAUGUCAACAUGGCUCCAGGUAGUUCGUCAAACACCACUUCAGUGAUGGCACGAAUAUGAUGACUUAUUUUAUGAAUAUCAUGUCUAUUAUGUCAUGUAGAUAUAUCUUAUCAAUACCUCCUGCAGAGAUUAUUUAGUCUAAACCAGUAACUCUAAGUUUUGAUUUUGUAUGCCAAAUAAAAGCUUAUUCACGUG